AUGGCGCAGGACUCGCUCCCGCUCGGCAUUAUCCCGACGGUGGACAUGCCGGCGCCGUCCUGGCGCGGCGACCUGGUGCGCCGGCUGGUGCGCGCGUGCGCGGAGCGCGGCUUCUUCAAGGCCGUCAACCACGGCGUGCCGCCGCGGGUGUCCGCCCGCCUGGACGCCGCCGCGUAG